AUGCUUCCGCCGAAUGUAUUCCAGCCAAUAGGCAGUCGAAGACUUACACAAAUGGCUCGUAAUACUUCGGUGACCUCUACCGCCAGGAGACUUUCCUUUAAAUCCCCCAGGUCUUUAAACGAAACCCAAAAUCCCCUCCCAGCAACCUUCCUCCGAGGAGGUACAUCUAAAGGCGUCUUUCUGAACCAGGAUGACCUCCCUUCCAACACCUCCCUCUGGCCUGCCAUCUUCCUCGGUCUCAUGGGCUCUCCAGACCCAGAAUACGGGCGACAACUCAACGGUAUGGGAGGAGGGAUAUCAAGUCUUUCCAAAAUCUGCUUGGUCAAACCUGCCGAGGAGAAGGAAAGCAAGGAAUUGGAUGUUGAUGUGGAGUAUACGUUCGUUCAGGUUGGCAUCCGGGACAGUGACAUCGAUUUAUCUGGAAAUUGUGGAAAUCUCUCGAGUAUGAUUGGGGUUUUUGCAGUUGAUGAAGGGAUGUGUAUGCCUCGUAUUCGCAUUGGAGAAGGAGGAGGGGAUGAUUCGCAGAUUACGCUGGGAUCCGUUCGGGCAUUCAACACCAACACUCAAAAGGUCAUCGAGACGACUUUUCCUGUUCGAAAGGGCGAGGGUAGCACGCUUUUGGAUUCUGAAUACGUUCCAGAUAUCGACAUCCCACAGACAUCUAUCGCAGGUGUAUCGGGCAAGGCGUCUGUCAUCACACUUGACUUUCAUAACCCCAGUGGGGCCAGAACGGGGAAGCUUUUACCUACCGGGAACUCAAAGACAGCUCUUUCAGUCCAAGCCCCAGACGGUACGAGUACCUCCGUUCCUGCCACCCUCAUUGACGCCUCGAAUCCCACCGUAAUUGUUCCGUAUGAGGCUCUUUCAUCUCUCGGGCCGUCACUGGAGGAAUACACACGCGGAAAACCGACAGAGAGUGUCGACGAGAUGUUAGAAUCCCUCCGUCGGGAGGGUGCCCUUCAGAUGGGCUUGGACCCGAGUGCUAAAGCGCAGCCUAAAAUUGCCAUAGUCAGACCCCCCUCAACAAAAGAAGACGAUCGAAACGAAGUUGAUGUGGUCGUACACGCCCUAUCGAUGGGAGUUCUGCACAAAGCAGUACCGAUGACGUUGGGGCUCUGUCUCGGUGUCGCUGCGAAUGUAGAAGGGUCGGUGGUAUGGGACGUUCUUCGUCAUUCUUCAUCUCGGCGAUCGACCGAGACUCCCGGGCUAGUCAAACUGAAGCAUCCAAGUGGGGUCGUUGAUGUUGGUGCGAAAUUUGAUGAGCAUGGAAAUGUGAUAAGUGCUCAGGUAGUUAGGACGGGAAGACGACUUAUGAAGGGACAUGUGUGGUGGUGA